CCUUAUCCUGCAGGCUCCCGCGGGCGGACAAACCAGAGGAGGAGGCCGGGGAAUGGCCGCGGUGUGGCAGCAAGUCUUAGCAGUGGACGCGAGGUGAGGCGUGGGGUCGGAGCCCAUGGGAGCGGAACUUACUAUGGUGCAUGCGCAAUGGCGAUAAGUGAGGCUGGGCGGAGAACUUGCCUUAUGCGGCUGCGUGGGCAUGCCGGAGAGCUGCAGAAUGUGUUGUCCUCACACUGACCUCAUCACCAUGCCAGUCAUUCCUGCAGAAUCACCCCUAUCACAGACCAGGAGGAAACCCCCCAUCAACACCAUUGAUCACUCUUGCCACCCUGACCUCAAUCACUGCCACAUACCUCAUUCGCGGCCCUAUGUCCCAAGCUGAUUGAUUCCCUUUGUCCUGUGCCUGCUGCCUGCCUGCAUCCUGACCCCGCAGGUACAACGCGUACCGCACACCAACGUUUCCACAGUUUCGGACCCAAUAUAUCCGUCGGCGCAGCCAGCUGCUGCGGGAGAAUGCCAAGGCUGGGCACCCCCCAGCACUGCGUCGGCAGUACCUGAGGCUGCGGGGCCAGCUGUUGGGCCAGCGUUACGGGCCCCUCUCUGAGCCAGGCAGUGCACGUGCUUAUAGCAACAGCAUCGUCCGCAGCAGCCGCACAACCCUUGACCGCAUGGAGGACUUUGAGGACGAUCCUCGAGCCCUGGGGGCCCGAGGGCACCGCCGUUCUGUCAGCCGUGGCUCCUAUCAGCUGCAGGCACAGAUGAACCGUGCUGUCUAUGAGGACAGGCCUCCUGGCAGCGUGGUGCCCACAUCAGCAGCAGAGGCAAGUCGGGCCAUGGCUGGGGACACAUCGCUGAGCGAGAACUAUGCCUUUGCAGGCAUGUACCAUGUUUUUGACCAGCAUGUGGAUGAGGCAGUCCCAAGGGUGCGCUUCGCCAAUGACGACCGGCACCGCCUGGCUUGCUGCUCACUCGACGGCAGCAUCUCCCUGUGCCAGCUGGUGCCUGCCCCACCUACUGUGCUCCGCGUGCUGAGGGGCCACACCCGUGGUGUCUCCGACUUCGCCUGGUCCCUCUCCAAUGACAUCCUCGUGUCCACCUCCCUGGAUGCCACCAUGCGCAUCUGGGCCUCCGAGGACGGCCGCUGUAUUCGGGAGAUCCCUGACCCUGAUGGCGCCGAACUGCUCUGCUGCACCUUCCAGCCCGUCAACAACAACCUCACUGUGGUGGGGAAUGCCAAGCACAAUGUGCAUGUCAUGAACAUCUCCACUGGCAAGAAAGUGAAAGGUGGCUCCAGCAAGCUGACAGGACGUGUUCUUGCUCUGUCCUUUGAUGCCCCUGGCAGGCUGCUCUGGGCGGGUGAUGACCGUGGCAGUGUCUUCUCCUUCCUCUUUGACAUGGCCACAGGAAAGCUGACCAAAGCCAAGCGGCUGGUGGUGCAUGAGGGCAGCCCUGUGACCAGCAUCUCUGCCCGUUCUUGGGUCAGCCGUGAGGCCCGGGACCCCUCGCUGCUCAUCAAUGCUUGCCUCAACAAGCUGCUGCUUUACAGGGUGGUGGACAACGAGGGGACCCUGCAGCUGAAGAGAAGCUUUCCCAUUGAGCAGAGCUCACACCCUGUGCGCAGCAUCUUCUGUCCCCUCAUGUCCUUCCGCCAGGGGGCCUGUGUGGUGACAGGCAGUGAGGACAUGUGCGUGCACUUCUUUGAUGUGGAGCGAGCAGCCAAGGCUGCUGUCAACAAGCUGCAGGGCCACAGUGCACCUGUGCUUGACGUCAGCUUCAACUGCGACGAGAGCCUGCUGGCCUCCAGUGAUGCCAGCGGCAUGGUCAUCGUCUGGAGACGGGAGCAAAAGUAGGGUCCUGCAAGCCCUGUGCUGUCCACGAACCCCCACCUCCUACCCUGGUCUUGCAUUGUAAAUAAAGUUUCUGUGGUUGUGCUGAGGGCCAGCUCCCAGGUCUGCCAGGGGGCGGCAUGGGGGAGUGGGCAGCUCUGGGACCCAUGGUGGAAGGGGGUACAAUUA